CUUCGCCAAAGCAGGACACGAAAUAAAAUUCUUACAAUUUUAUUUUUUUUUUUUUCAAAUUCAAAAAUUUAUUGUUAAAAUAAAACAAUAUAUUCAACUCACAUUGUACCUGUGAGUUGAAUUUAUUUUAUCUAAAUUAAAUUGAUUUGAUUUUAAUAAAAACUAAUUAGUCAAAAAAAUAUAUUUAUUAUUAAAGUGAUAUUAUAUAAAAACGGCGCGAAUUUAUAAAUUCAAACUUAACGUUGUUUAGUGUAACGCUAAGACGAAAAUAUUCGUGCUCUUGUUUACGGAGUUUCGUUGUCCUGAUUUUGAGAAUAAAAAAUAAAAAAAAAAAAAUAUAAAUAAUUUAAUUGCAGUGAGACUCAUAUCGAGUAUCAGGCAUUUACUCGUUUUAUUUUAUUAAAUAACAUUUAACUAAACGCGAGGGAGGCUAUUCCUGUGUUAUUAUUUCCUUGUGGAAAUAUUUUUUUGGAUUUUUUAAAUCGAUAAAAGAAGAUUACAAUGGCUGUUGCUGCCGCACAAAAAAAUCGCGAAAUGUUCGCUAUCAAAAAGUCAUACAGUAUUGAGAAUGGAUAUCCAGCCCGUCGUAGAUCACUUGUUGAUGAUGCACGCUUUGAGACUCUGGUGGUCAAGCAAACUAAACAAAGUGUACUUGAAGAAGCCCGUCAAAGAGCAAACGACUCAAGUGCUGAUCCAGCAAAUUGUGCUCAAGAACAGCAGGAUCAUGAGGAAACUUACACAUCAUCAAGUGACGAUGAGCAAUCUGAAACUUUGAGUGCUGCUAAGGAUGGAGAAGCUAAAGCUGAAGCUUCAUCAUCAGACGGAGAGGAAAAAUCUUUUGGUCCUGAUGAAUAUUAUGGAUUAACUGAAGAAGAAGUUGUAUUGGCUAAAACAAUAGCCGAAACUCCGGAUGGAGAAACGGCAAUUCAGAAAGCAACAUUGAUGUUACGUUUACGUGAUGGAAUUGGCUCAUUGGCGCGUAUACUGAAGACGAUUGAAAAUUUCAAGGGUAUAGUGACCCAUCUGGAAUCACGUCCAUCACGUAAAGAAGGCUCUCAAUUUGAUGUUCUGGUCAAGGUAGACAUGACACGUCACUGUCUGUUGCAAUUAAUUCGUAAUUUACGACAAAGUGCGUCGCUCGAAGAAGUUAAUCUUCUUACAGAGAAUUCCGUUAGUAUUAAAGAUCCAUGGUUUCCACGUCAUGCUUCUGACCUCGACAAUUGUAAUCAUCUUAUGACCAAAUACGAGCCCGACUUGGAUAUGAAUCAUCCUGGUUUUGCUGAUAAAGAAUAUCGCGCUCGAAGAAAAAUAAUUGCUGAAAUAGCAUUUGCUUACAAAUACGGUGAUCCUAUUCCAUCAAUACCCUACACUGAGACUGAAAAUGAAACUUGGUCACGUGUAUUCAACACUGUUGUUGAUUUAGUACCUAAACACGCAUGUAUUGAGUAUCAACGUGCAUUCAAAAAAUUACGGGAUGAAAAAAUAUUUGAGCCCCAUCGUAUUCCUCAGCUCCAAGAAGUAAGCGAUUUUUUGAACAGAAAUACUGGAUUUACUUUACGUCCCGCCGCUGGACUUCUUACUGCUAGAGAUUUCUUGUCCAGUCUUGCUUUCAGAAUAUUCCAAAGUACACAAUAUGUCAGACAUAUCAACAGUCCUUACCAUACCCCAGAACCUGAUUGCAUUCACGAACUACUGGGUCAUAUGCCAUUACUAGCAGAUUCCAGUUUCGCUCAAUUUUCACAAGAAAUAGGUCUUGCCUCGUUGGGAGCUUCUGACGAGGAAAUUGAAAAAUUGUCAACAAUUUAUUGGUUCACCGUUGAAUUUGGUCUUUGUAAGGAAGGAAAAGAAGUUAAGGCAUAUGGCGCUGGAUUAUUAUCAGCUUACGGUGAAUUGUUACAUUCACUGAGUGAUAAAUGUGAACACCGACCAUUCGAUCCAUGCACUACCGCUCUUCAACCAUACCAAGAUCAAGAAUUCCAACCAAUUUAUUACGUUGCUGAGAGCUUUGAAGAUGCUAAAGAAAAAUUCCGCCGUUGGGUUAGUACUAUGAGCAGGCCAUUUGAGGUCAGAUUUAAUCCACAUACACAGCGAGUUGAAGUACUCGAUACUGUUGAGGGACUCGAGGGUCUUGUAAGUCAAGUUAAUACGGAGAUACUUCAUCUAACGAAUGCCAUAAAAAAAAUCCAAGCUACGCGAAUGUAAAAUAAUUAAUAACACAUAAUAUUAUUUUAAAUUCAAUCUAAAAAAAAAAGAUAAACCCUCCGAGCAUACAGUAUUUUUUUUUUCUCUUCUUCGAUUAAAAUACUCUAAUGCACGUUUCUCAUCAUAUUCCUGUAUAAAAUCACCCAUCAAUCUACCAUUAUAUAGUCCACUUAUUUCUUUUUUUCUUUUUAUCUUUUUUUUUCGUUCGUUUUAAUUUCAAUUUUUUUAUUUUAUUGAGUUAUAUAUAUAUAUAUUAUAUAAUUAUUACACAAAUAUUUCAUUGUCAUAAUUAAUUAAAGAAUAAUGGAAAUAAAAAAUAAAAUGUUUGUAUUUUUUUGGCGAAAUGAAUAGAGCGUUUGAUAUUAUGAUAUUUAUUAUUAAU